UAUUAUUACUGUCCUUCUGUCGAAUUCCAGACACUUCAGUGGAAUGAGAAGAUUGCGUUAGUCAUGACCAAAGUCAUUCAGCACCGCUUUGGAGCUGACAAGGACACUUUGGCCAUCUGAUGGUUGCAUCCCUACAUGACUCAAUUCUGACCUGCUAACACUCACCCUCACAACAUACAAUUUUUUUAAUUUCUUUAUCCAAGCAACGAGCACUAAAUCCAUUCAGCCUCACAACACAUAGAAAACAACAUUCUCCUAUAACCAAAUACAACUCUUUUCCCCAUCUGUCCACACCCCACCAUGUCGAAGGAUGACUGUAAGGUGGGCUGUAAACACAAGGAACGAAAGCCCAAAAAGCCGCACUACAUCCCUCGACCGUGGGGCAAACCGUACAACUACAAAUGCUUCCAGUGCCCCUUCACCUGCAUGGAGAAAUCCCACCUGUACAACCACAUGAAAUACAGCCUAUGUAAAAACUCCCUCUCGCUGCUCAUCGAAUCUGACUGGCCUUAUAGAAAAGGCACCCCGCUCCAUCCGGACCAACUCCGGCUCCAGCAGGGAAACCCCCACUUACGUAGUCCCUCCAAGAGUCAGUCGGAGCGGGCCGCCGUGCCAGAGGAACCUCCUCAUUCAGGCUCGGGGGAUGGUGAGACGGGGAACGCAGAGGGUGAGACUGAGCGAGAGGCAGAGAAAGACAUUGAGGGAAUGGAGACAAACGGAUCCAGUGCAGAUCCGGCGGAGACAUGUUCCAGAGUAGGAACCAAACGGUCCAAACAAGAGGCGGAUUUGUUGAUGGCCGACGUGUUCUCGCUUGAGGAGCAAUUAUUGCGAGCACGCUCCGUUGAAGUUGAAUCCAAACUGAGACACUACAGGCUCUCCAAAUCAUGCCUUGCUGGACCGGCCGCCUUGCUUUCGGAACAAUGGCGCAUCCUUAGCAACCAGAUCUCCAAACCUAAAUCAGACACCGUCCCGUCGUCUUUGUCCUGUUACGCCCAGCCAACAUCAACAGGACAGCUAGAAUGCUCCGACACUUCUGGUUUCAAUCUGUCUUUGCUCGGGGUCGGAUACCCGCUGGCCCCCGGACUCCUCUCAUAUCUAAACCCUCCGCUGGGCAUCCCGACGGCGAGCACGGCAACAACAACAGCACACGCUCAGAUCUCUCCGCUGCCAUUCUUAGGAUCGAGCGCACAACUCGCUCACACUCAAAGACACUCGGACAGAUCUCUGAUUUCUCCUCAACUCUAUUAUCCAUUCCUGUGUGAACACAGCUUUGGAGCUUCAAGCACGACUUCAUCCGAGACGGCUAAAAUGAUGAAACCCGCAGCCAUGAGUCUGCCACCCCAUUCUUACCCCUCCAAACUCAACCUGUGGAAGGUCCCGACUUUGCGGCCCAAUCAAAGCUCACCUGCGGCCUGGCUGUCUCACACCUGUGUCUCACAAGAACCGAGUCUUGGCGUGAAGGAGAGGCUCCGGUCGAGAGAGGGGAGGAGCGGAUGGCAGCAGGACGCUUCCACAGAGCAAAUUUUGAAGAGGACGGCAACGUCGCUGGACUCCAACGGUGCACCUGUGGAGAAAAAAUCAACAUUUGAAAUUUCCCUCGACUCGCUCAAACACUCUCAGAAAUCCAGCCGACUAUCUGUACACAGCGCCUGCAGUGAAGCCGCCUCCCCGCUGCAUGUGUCUGAGCAGCUGGAGGUGAGACAGAGAGGAAUGGAGACAGAGACGGACCCCGCGGCUGCACUCCUGAAGGAUUUCACCACCCUGCUGCACGAGUACCAAAACACGGAGCAGCGGGCCGCGUCGCUUCCCGAGCAGAGCCACCUGUGGGCUCAUCUGGGAAAGAUCCGCUCGGAGCUGUCGCACAUUCAACAGGCGCUGGAGCGGACUGCUCCCUCCAACGACGGACCCCUCGACCUCUCCGUCAAAAAAGACCCGACGGGAACCACAAACGCGCCGGGGCACGGUGCAGAAACGAAAACGACGGUCGAUGAAAAUGACACGGAAACAGAAGAGGAGGAUGAUGAGGAGGAUGAUGAUAGCGGACAGACAGUGAGAGACAGACAGAAAUGUUCUUUGGAAAAAUUGAUGAAGCUUCAGUCGCAGGGGCCGGUGGUGAAGACGGAGGUGAUGUCUGACGGAGGGCUCACGAUACGCUCCGACAGCGCCGACGUUCUGUGGCACAGCAGGACCACGAAGUGUGAAGCCGACUCGAGCGUUCUUCUGUGUUCCAAAACCCCAAACAGACCUUCAUCCAUACAGCACAUGGACACACUGUGUCCGACCAGCCCGCUCACGACCACUGAUACCAUGGUGUAGCAAACAGAACCACAAAAAAUAAUGAUACAAACAACUGCAACAAAGGAAAUGUUGUAAAACAAUAACUUUUGCACUCAUACAGUGAGGUUCAAAGUCUGAGAACACUCACUCAAAAAAUAUGUUUGAUCGGUUUGAUUUAAUCACAUUUAACGUUUUCGUUGUUAUGUUUCAUACAACAAGUGAAGCAUUGAAUCAAUAUUUGACAUAUUUGCUUUUGCUGUAAUAUAUACGAAACCUGCACGUUUUUAUUAGCACGAUUUGAGAAUGUUCAAGAGCAUCUUGUGUUCUUCAAUGUAUGAAAAAACAUCUGAACUACGGUGCAAAAGAUUUAACACAAAUCUGUUUAUAGUGGCCAAAAUAUUUCUUGUUAAUCUGAAUAUUUCUUUGACAUUUUUAGAAAUCCUACUUUGUUGAUUUUUAAGGUAAAGAUUGUGAACCACAGGUUUUUCAUGAGGUCUCAGACAUUUGAACUCGGCUGUAUACCAAAGCUCACUGUAAAAUAACUUUAAACUUGUAUGCUUCAUAUAUUAUCAUCAAAUGUAUGGUAAACACAUUCAAUUUUGAUUCUCUGAU